AGCAGAGGAAAAUGUAGGUAAAAUUUGAUAAAAAUUAGGUCCUGGAAGUUCAGAAUAUUUGACAUAAUUCGAAGGAAUCGAAAGGCAGUUUCUUUUGGGGAGUGGGGAGAUUCAUGAUUCUUCGAAUGGACAGUGUGUUAGAUUCCGGUUACUCCGUGGACGAGGAUUGCGAAGAAGAGGAAGAAGGAAGAGAGAGAUGCCAGGGAGGUUGUGGGAGGCCUGUUAAUGUGUGCCUCUGCACUAUACUGCCUUCUCAAGCGAUGAAAACAUCCACCCACAUUCUCAUAUUACAGCAUCCUCAUGAGGCGAGACAUAAGCUUGCAACUGUUCCGCUUCUCAACAGAUGUCUGAGCAAUUGUCAUGUUAUGGUUGGCCGUCGUUUACACAGGAAAUCCUCCUCAAUCCUUGACAAUAUAUGCCAAUCAACAUGCCAAGUUCUUUUACUCUUUCCAGGCAAUGAAGCACUCGAUCUGAACAAGUGGGUAUCGUCGUCAUCAUCAGGUAUGCCCAUGCCUAACACCCAAAAUGAAAACAAUGGAGAGGAAUUGAAAACAGUAUUGUCUCAAAGUGAGAAUAAUAUAGAGAGAUCGAAAAGGGUAGUUUUGGUAGUGAUUGAUGGGACUUGGCAGCAUGCCAAGGAGAUGGCUAGGGCAAGCAUGCCCUUCCUCAGGGAAAUUGGGGUUGUUCAAGUUUGUCUGCCUCAUGACCAGAAUGCCCAAGGAAAUAACAUGUGGAGUUGUGAGUUAACGCUAAGAAAAGAGCCUCAUGGGGGAUGCCUUUCCACAAUGGAGGCUGUUGCACGCUCCCUGAGGAUUCUGGAACCCACACCAAUUGCUGUUGAAAUUGAGCACAAACUUCUCUCUGUUUUGCAUGCUAUGGUUGCAUACCAAGUUCGCAAUUUGAGGCCCAUGAGAUCUCGCCCAAAACUGCUUAAAAAGGGCAGUUGCCCCGUUUCCUCCUCAUGAUUUACGUCUGCUGUAAAAUGGUUUUGGGCAUAUUUUUCAUUAAUUAAGUGUUUAUUUUCAAUAAAAAGCUCUUCAUACACGCAAGCGAGUCCUCAAAGGCAGCUCUAAUGUUGCCUUUAUCAAAACAUAGUUAAAUUUUCUCAUGGCUAAUUCAUUGAUGGAACUGAGUAGUUUCAUUAGGUUUUUCUUUCUUGCAGCUGGAGCAUGCUGGGGGUUUUCUUUUUUUGGCUAAUUCAUUAAUUCUCUAUUUUUUCACUUAUUAAUUAAAAAGUGGGUUUGCCUAUUGGCUAUUGCCAGAUUUUUCA